CUCCGUUGAAAACACUUGCUGCCGGCUCGGCGUUACUCGUGCCGGCCCAGGCUCCCACAACCCCCUCCUCCCCCCCGGGGCCAGGCCUUCUCGUGCAGGCUUGGCCCUGAGUGGUCUCCCGGUGUCCCGCAGUCAUGGGGAUCCAGGGCAUGGAGCUGUUUGCCAUCGCCGUGGUCAUCAUCCUUUUCAUGGCAGUUCUCAAGCAGUUCGGCAUCCUGGAGCCCAUGUCCUCGUUUGAAGACAGCAGCGACAGUGACUUGGAGCUGUCGACGGUGCGUCACCAGCCGGAGGGCCUGGACCAGCUGCAGGCCCAGACCAAGUUCACCAGGAAGGAGCUCCAGUCCCUCUAUCGAGGCUUUAAGAACGAGUGUCCCAGUGGAAUGGUGGAUGAGGAGACAUUCAAGACCAUCUAUUCUCAGUUCUUUCCCCAAGGAGAUGCAACCACGUACGCCCACUUUCUGUUCAACGCCUUCGACAUCGACAGAAACGGCUCGAUCCGCUUUGAGGACUUUGUCAUCGGCCUGUCGGUGUUGCUCAGAGGUUCGGUCACCGAGAAGCUCAACUGGGCCUUCAACCUGUACGACAUCAACAAGGACGGCUACAUCACCAAAGAGGAGAUGCUGGCGAUUAUGCAGUCGAUCUACGACAUGAUGGGGAGGUACACCUACCCCUGUGUGCGAGAUGAAGCGCCCUCUGAACACGUGGACAAGUUCUUCCAGAAAAUGGAUAAAAACAGAGACGGUGUAGUGACCAUUGAAGAGUUCAUUGAGACCUGUCAGAAGGACGAGAACAUCAUGAACUCCAUGCAGCUGUUUGAAAAUGUGAUAUAAGGAAUCCGGACUUUCACAACACACAAGCACAGCUCACCCACCUCACCCACACCUUCAAACUCAUCCUGGCAAAUAAUGUAGGUGCUGUAAAGACACCUGUUUUUGUUUUUGUGUUUUCCUGUUUCACGCUUCGCUGUAUCUUGCAACCGCUUCUGGACUAAAAGGACCGCGAUAGAGACAAAACAAGGGAAGAGCUUCCUAGCUAAAAGAAAAAUCCCUGUCUGUCUGAGUGUUUUUUUGUUGUCAUCAAAAGAAGAAACAGAGGAGCGUCUUGUGUUUUUAUCGUCACACAAAAAGAACCAACAACAACCAACAAGGAAUGAAGAAGCUUACAAUAAUCCUCUGACCUGCACACAAGGAUACUAGCUUCAACACUAAUGCACCAAGUCUCUUUCUCUCUCUCACACACACACAUGCAGAGUUUUUAGAGGUUAAAGUGAACUGGGAGAAUAUAAGAAAAAAAUAAGAAAAAAAGAGAAAUGAACAUAAAGCAUGUUUGUCAUCAAAUAUGUGAUGUGGAAUUAGCUUGCACUACUGUUUUAUGAUUAUGUAUUAUAUGCGCCGGAAGUAAAGGCACUGUAGAUACCUGCACCUGAUACACCGCUGGUGUGUAUGUAUAUAUGUAUAGAUAAUAGUUAUACAUUCUACCUUGUAUUGGUCUCAUCUGUGCUGCACUGGGUGAUGGAACAGGACCAGAAGUGAAUAUUUGUUUUAGAAGUCUCUGUUUAACACCAAGUUUAGUAGCAGUUCUUCACGGGUUAUUCAAAUAUUUCUCCCUUUUUUUUGUAUUUUGGAAGAUUAUGUUUUUCGCUGGUCGGAUUGGAAAAGUAUACAGUACUGUGAGGAAAACAAGAGGACUGUUUAAAGACGUAUUCUUGUACUGAAUUAGGGCUUUAUCUGGGUUCCUCAGUGUCUAUGAGCUCUAAAGUGCCACAGUAUUGUGUACAGUACAGUUGGACCUUUGUAAUGUUGGUUUAAUUAAAGACGCUGUCGACA